UUUGGGGGGGUUGUCUACUCUGCAGAGCAGUUCUGCUGACUGCAGUAGAGAGGACCUACCUCAGUGCGUCAGCACUUUGAAAUGAAUGAAGAAAAAACGGAUCAAUCAGUGUGACUGCAGAGAGAGAGAGAGAGAGAAGUCUUCUCACUUUCUAACCCUGAUCUUUUGCAAAGCCAUCGUCACAUGCGUUAGUAGCCGGGAGCACACGCUCCGUAAGAUGUGAAGUGACCCCCCAACCCCCCUGGUGCUAUAAAUCAAGAUGAAGGUGAUCUGUCUGCUUCCCGUUUGCAUUUUGGUCUUCUUUUCUGUGAGCCAAGCAGACAACUUUGAGGAGGCGUACAGCGACCUGGAACACUAUAGGACCAUAUACAUCUCAGAGAAUGGACCUCAACUAUCCGUUGAUGCAGCACAACCAAAAGUGGUCUCUCAACGUGGAGGCAAUGCCACACUGCCAUGCAAGUUCAACCGGGAUUCCUCAUCUGUCCAAAAUCCCAAAUUCAACCGGGAUUCCUCAUCUGUCCAAAAUCCCAAAUUGAGGAUUAAAUGGACUAAACUGACUUCAGACUAUCUUAAGGAAAUUGAUGUGUUCGUAGCAAUGGGCUUCCACAAAAAGAGCUAUGGUCGCUUCCACGGCCGCGUGUACUUGCAGGCUGCCAGCGAGAACGAUGCCUCGCUGGUCAUCACUGAGAUCACACUGGAGGAUUAUGGGAAAUACAAGUGUGAGGUCAUUGAUGGCUUGGAGGAUGACACAGCAGUUGUGUCCCUUGACCUGCAAGGCAUUGUCUUUCCAUAUUUCCCUCGAAUGGGCCGCUACAACCUGAACUUCCAUGAUGCUGAGAAAGCUUGUCGAGACCAGGAUGCCAUUGUGGCAUCUUUUGAGCAGCUCUUCGAUGCCUGGAGAAAUGGGCUGGACUGGUGCAAUGCAGGGUGGCUCAGUGACGGAUCAGUGCAGUACCCAAUCACCAAACCCAGAGAGCCAUGUGGAGGCAAAAACACCAUCCCUGGUGUGAGGAAUUAUGGAAUGCGUGACAAGCAAAAAGAAAGAUAUGAUGUCUUCUGUUUCACCUCUAACUACAAAGGACGUUUCUACUACUUGAUACACCCUUCCAAGCUCACGUAUGAUGAGGCAGUACGAGCAUGUCAGAAGGACGGUGCUCAGAUUGCUAAAGUCGGCCAGAUUUAUGCCGCGUGGAAGCUGCUAGGCUACGACCGCUGCGAUGCGGGUUGGCUGGCAGAUGGCAGCGUGCGCUAUCCGAUCUCACGGCCACGCCGACGCUGCAGUCCCACGGAGGCUGCGGUACGCUUCUCCGGAUUUCCCGACAAGAAGCACAAACUCUACGGAGUCUACUGCUACAAGAGCGAAAACUGAGAUGGUGUACCAACCAUAUAACUCAUGAACUGAAGCAUAAUAAUGAAAGGAGUUAGUUCAAGUGCAUUAAAACUGUGACAAAGUCUCUAGAUACUGUAAUAUAGAAUGAUUUGAUGAUACAGUAUGUGAUUCGUGUUUGUUUGAAGCAAAGGUUUUGUAGGAUUAGGGACCUCAGUUGCCCUCUUCCCUCAAAAUCAAGACUUCACCACAAGACGCCAACAGGACAAGAAUAGUAUUCAUAGGAUGCCACAGAAAAUAAAUGUGUUCCAGCAGUGCUGUAGGAAGAGAUAUUUGGCGAGAUAUUGCAGUAGAGAUUCACACUGUGCUUUUCCAUUAAGCAUGCAGUAGCUUGAGGGAUGUGCUAGAACUGAAUGACAGUAAAGCUUAAACACAUUGAAAUGAUACUUCUGGGCACUUAGUUUAUCAUUCAAGAACAUCAUAUCCCAUAUAAAAGCAUGGUGGAAAAUACAUUUUCUGUUGGAAUAUAAAUUCAAUGGAAGUGCUAAACACCACACAGUCAUGGCACAAUGAACACAAUUUCCCCUUUUGCCAUCCUUACAGGGGUGCUAUAAAUAGAUUAUUUUCUAAAAACAUACCUUUUUUAAUUUAGUUUGAAAACAUUUUAUGUGUGGACCAAACCAUGUUGAGUCUUACAUAAGUCACAUUGUUAAGAGACAACAACAUUGUUUUAUGUUCUUUUUAAACUUUUGAAAUAUAAAAGUAGAGUGUUUGUAAAUGUAUCUGUUAAUUAUCUUUUCUUGAAAAUAUGUGUUUAUAAAAUGUCUCCCCUAUGACUCAAUGUAAGAACAGUGCACUCUAUCUGCAUACAUGUGAAGAGCUGUACUGUAUUGACCUCAUCACUGUCAAAUGAUCUUCGUUGCCAGAGAGAUGGAAGAAAUGUGUGGUUCAUACCACUGACAUAAUAACAGUUUGUCAAUUUUAAAAGUAAAUCUUAUUUUUGUUCUA